AUGCCCUUCCCCAUGCCCGAGCCCACCGUGCCCAAACGGCCGUUGUCGAGCUACAAACUCAUCUCGUACGACAUCUACGGCACGCUCGUGGACUGGGAGACGGCGAUUGUGCAGCAGCUGCAACCGCUAGUGGCGCGCAUCCCCUCAUCGUCCCCGCUCGCCCACGAAUAUCUCGACAGCACGACUCCCAACGCGGGGGGAAGGAUUAAAUUGGCGGCCAAAUUUAACGACGUCGAGCAUGCGUUGCAGAGCAAGAACCCUAGCCAGCAAUAUGAUGAGUUGCUGAGGGAUGCGUACUUGCGUGUGGCGGGGGAUUUUGGGAUCGAUGUGAGUGAGGAGGUCAAGGAGGAGGCGGAAAAGUUUGGCCAGAGUAUUGGGUCCUGGCCUGCGUUUCCGGACACGGUCGACGCGUGCCAGCGCCUGGUGAAGCAAGGGUUCAAGCUCGUGCCGUUGUCGAAUGUCGACCGGGCGAGUUUCUCGCGAACCUGCGCUGGGCCGCUCAAGGGGGCGGACUUUUUCAGGGUCUACACGGCCCAGGAUAUCGGCUCGUACAAGCCCGACCUGCGCAACUUUGAGUACCUGAUCAAACACGCCAAGGAGGAUGCCGGGGUGGAGAAGGAGGAGAUCUUGCAUGUCGCGCAGAGUAUCUUUCAUGAUCAUAUCCCGGCAAAGAAGAUGGGCAUGGCGAGUGUGUGGAUCAAUCGCAAGGGUGCCGGUAUGGGUGGGAACGAGGCGAUUAGGGGCAUUCAUGAGCGUGGGGAGGUCGGGUAUGGGUGGAGGUUUGAGACUUUGGGGCAGUUGGCGGAUGAGGUUGAGAGGGAGAAGAGAGAGCAGGGGAAGUAA